UUUGUUGAAUUUUGAAAUUUAAUUUCUUGUCCUAAUUUCCCAAUUUUGAAUUCUGGAUAUGAUUAGGGAUUGGGGAAGUAGUGAUGAUGUGGAUUAUGGUGGUUUUAUUGUUUGCUUAAAUAGAGGAUAAGGAUGCUGUGAAAAUUGAGUUUGAAAAGAGUGGGUCGCUUGAGAAUAGCAGAUAACUCCUUGUGGGCCUGCGCUGUUAAAACUGUUGAUAUCCCUAUCAGUGGUGGUGGGGAUGGGGGUGGGAGUGGGGAUGGGACUGCUGCUCAGAAACUGGGAUUUUUGCUUUCAUACAUUUCAAAGACUUGAAGGUCACCAACUCAGAAAACUCCAAUUCUUGAAUUGUGGAGCAAAUCGCCAUUGAAAUCUUAACUGAGUUUCUCUUGCUUAGCGUCUUACGCAUCCGUUUCCCAUAAUUUAGCCCGCCAUCAAAGAAGUUGCUAGCUGUAAGUUGUAACCAACUAUUGAAAUAAUUUAGAUCCAAUUCCCAUGAACAAUUCUAGAUUCUUGAUAGUCCAAGACUCGGUGACUGGUGUAGCAUAAAUUGCGGAGGAGGUUGCUAUAUUUAAUCUACUCUUCUUCCAGUGUGAAAUAUUUGGAUAGUGGAGUCAAACAAGGAUUACACAGAUGACUGUGGAGGAAGUGGUCAGUAGCUCCUUAUGGACUCGAGAGCAGGAUAAGUCAUUUGAGAAUGCCCUUGCAACUUAUCCUGAGGAUUCUUCAGAUCGGUGGGAGAAAAUUGCAGCUGAUGUACAAGGGAAAACCCUAGAGGAGAUAAAACAUCAUUAUGACCUCUUACUUGAGGAUUUAACCCAGAUCGAAGCUGGUGUUGUGCCGCUGCCUUGCUACAAUUCUUCUUCAGAGGGUUCAACUAGCCAUGCCAGUGAUGAAGGAACCAAUAAGAAAGGUGGACAUUCUGGAAACUAUAGCAGUGAAUCUAAUCAUGGAAGUAAGGCUUCAAGGGCAGAUCAGGAACGCCGAAAGGGGAUUGCUUGGACAGAGGAUGAGCACAGGCUGUUUCUUCUUGGCUUGGAAAAAUAUGGGAAAGGUGACUGGCGAAGUAUAUCUCGGAACUUUGUGGUAACAAGAACUCCUACGCAAGUGGCAAGCCACGCACAAAAGUACUUUAUACGCUUGAAUUCAAUGAACAAGGACCGGAGGCGAUCAAGCAUUCAUGACAUCACCAGUGUCAACAAUGGAGAAAUUUCGGCAGCUCAAGGGCCGAUCACUGGUCAAGCAAAUGGUGCUGCAGUAGGUUCCUCUGGCAAGUCUCCCAAACAAUCUCCUGCUGGGCCCCCAGGGGUCGGCAUGUAUGGUGCACCGAGUAUAGGGCAGCCAAUUGGAGGACCCCUUGUCUCAGCUGUUGGCACACCUGUGAAUCUCCCUGCUCCCCCGCACAUGGCAUAUGGCGUUAGAGCCCCGGUACCUGGAGGAGUUGUUCCUGGUGCACCAAUGAACAUGGUUCCGAUGACAUAUCCAAUGCCUCAUAGUUCGCAUAGGUAAUGUGAUAUAGAGCAGCAGCAGCUUCAGGAAUCAGAAUCAUCUAGUGUACAAAGAGGAGGAGAAAACUUUUAGCUUGUGCUCUUGGUUGGGGUUAAUUAGGAUCAGAGUGCUCCGAGCCUGAAUGUUUUACUUAUUGGCAAAGCACAAGUUCAAGUGGUAGGUGGAUGGUCCGUCGUUGCUUGUCUAUUCUUGUUGGAAUAAGCCAUUUAUUUGAUUGGGUGGGGGGCGAAGAAUGGCAUGAAUCUGUACAGGCAAAUUCUGAAACAGAUGAUGGCAUGAAGGCAAAGCAAUAUUUCUUUAUUGGCGAUUACAAAUCCAGUCUACUAGUGUAGCAUUCAAGGCAGUGACCCUUUUUGCAUGUUAUAUUAGCAUUGUCUUUGCUAUAAAAAAUUAUUUAUUUAAAAUCUUGUUUUCAGACUUGUUAGUGAUUGCCCAAAGUUUGUGAAUUGCGAAUUACAUUGAUGUGAAAAUAUGUUGGAAUUUUCAACAA